ACGACCAUGAUGCAACGCAAUCAGAGUGCGCACACCGCCCCGGUUGCCACAGGUGACACGAACAAUAAUACGGACAUAAACAACCCUCCGAUUUGCCGCCGUAACGCUCAAGAGAAUUGAAAAGUUUAUUAGUAUCACGCGGAAACCAUGGAGAAUGAGUUCGUUGAAGACGAUGCUAAUCCAAAUAAUCCCAGCAGAGUUCGAAUAUCUAUAACAAGAGCUUCUUUUUCGGAGGACGAUAGUGACAUCGAAUCGCCAGAAGAAUCUACGAGACCGCGUGCUGAUUCAGACAGCAGUAUUAACGAGCAAGAAAUGGAGAGAAUGAUGAAGGAGGAAGAACAAAAUGAAAAUGAACAGUUAAAUAAAGGCGAGAAACUAGAGGAACAUAACGACGCGACUUCCAACAAUAAUGUUGUCAAAGAUUCGAAUACAACGGAGGACGAACAAGUUAGCAAAGCUUUCGAAAAUGGCGUGACCUUACAAGACGAAGCCGAUGAAGCGUCAAGUGAAAGAAGCGAAUCAGUAGGAAAAGUUAAUGAUGAGCCAGAUGAAUCCGCACAAAUAAGUAAUAAAGAAGACUCUUCGGUAUCGUCGCCUGCCAAAAGUCCUACAAUGGAAAUGAUCGGUGAUCGAGUUCUCAUAGAACGUGACGGCAAAUUCGAACUUGUAGAUGUGAGCGAGAUCAAAGCUGAAUAUUACGAACUGUUGGGAAUAACACCUGAAGCCAAUGGCGUAAACAACGGAAGCGAAGGAAAAAGUAGCGAAGCGACUGAAAAUGAUGCCGAAGAAAUCCCUGAGGAAAAACCUGCGUCACGGCCCAGACCAAAAACUACUUCGGUUCAAGAACAGCACCGUAGAAACGAAAAGAAAAGAAAUACUAGGAGUGUUGAUAGAACUCGAAGUCAGAGCGCGAAGGCGAUUCGACAGAGAAAUGAUGAUUAUGCUCAUAUUAGAUCGGAAUACGCAAUGACUGAACAGCAGCUUGAGAUAAGAAGGAAAUGUAGAGAAGCCAAAUUAAGGAGGCAAAAGGAAGAAGAGGAGAGAGAGCGGGAGGAACAGCAGAGAAAAAAAGAAGAUGCUGAAAGAGCUUUCCAAGUUUGGUUAUAUAAUAAAAUAGAAGCUGCAAAGCAGGCAAGAUUAAAUCAACCAGACCCAGAGGAUGCACUAAGAGCCAGAGAGGAAAAAGAGAGUAAUGCCCAGUCAGCAUACAGUGAGUGGCUAAGUAUGAAGCGGCAACAAGACAAGACACUGAGACAACUGGAGGAAAGACGGAGAGAGGAGGAAGCCUCCCAGUACACAAUAAGAGAUCGGCAACUUUGCGAUGAGGCAUUUAGAAGGUAUUAUGAAUAUUAUGGUUACAGGAACACUGUGUCACCAUAACAAAGUGUAAAAUGGAAAUCUUCCCCAAAAAAGGUUAUCCUGUGUCAAGUCUUCCUGCCAGAAGAAAAUCAAUCUUCAUGAUUGAGAGGAGACAACUCUUGGCUUCACAAAGUAAUGUUAGUAAAGGAGUGAACUGUCACAGUGCUGGUGGUCAGAUAUCAAUUUAAACUCAGUGGAGAAAACCAUCAAAAUUACUCUGACAUCAUUAAAUAAGAAAUUCAAAACUAAAGAUGAAGAAAAACACUGAUAGAUAGGGAGAAAUAAACAAAAAAAAUAACUAACAUGUCAUAUGUAACUGUCGAAUAGGUUUUUUAAAGGGCUUUUUAGUUUAUUUGUUCUGUGAUGUAGAAUAUGUUUCUUGUAUACAGCUGCGAUAAGAAAUAGAUGAGUAUUAUUAGAAAAUGUAUGUUGCUGCUCAUUCUAUAAUGACUCUGGGUAAUUUUGCAUAAUGUUUCUUUUGCAUGGAAAUUAUUGCAGUGGUAGCAGUACUGAUGUAGUAUAAUGUAUUACAUGGCUGUCAUGAUAAGCUUGGACAGUUUAACUCAGUUUAUGACUGUAACAACUUGGAGUUUUGGUUCAGUGUAGUGUUCCCUCCAACUGCAGGAGACUUUUUGUUGUAGUUGUUGUUUUUUAUUAUUAUAAUAGUCUUUUGUUCUGUUUUGGUUUUUUCCUUUCUGUUUGCCUUUAGAAGGGGUUAUGGUUUUUUUUUUUUUUUAGACCAUAGAAAAUUACUCUCACCAAGUCCAAAGCAAACAUUUAGAUAUUUCUACCAUCUAACUAAUUUAAAAAAAAAAUUUAAUGAAAUAAUUUGCAAAUAAGGAAGGCAAAUUUUUUUAAUGUAUGUACCUAAAUGAAUAAAUCCAGUGAGACUGGAACUGAGUAUCAAACAAA